CCUUGGGCUUCCGGCGCCUGUGGCUCGGGCUCCUGCCCCGCCCGGCGAGCGACUCCGAAGCCGCCCCAACCCCCGACGAGGGAGGGCAGAAGCCGCCGCGGCCUCCCCAGACCCCGCUCCUCGCCAGCGGUCAGCGCCCCACCGCUCUUUCCCCGCCGGGCGCCCGAGAAGAGGUCCUUGGCUCCCACCUCCCAGCAGCGCGACCCCCCGGAACUCCUCUGGCUCGCUCGGGGAAAGCGCCUGGCCUGGGGCAGGCGGAGCGGCGACCCCCCCGCCGGCGCCCCGACGUGAAGCUGCCUCUCCCAGUGUCGGUGGGGCGGCCGCCUGGCCUGGGCCUGCCCCUCCCUUGGCGCCGCCCUCCGGGCUCCGGCCGCCACGUCUGAAAGCCGCAGCUUGUCUGCCGAGCAGGGGGUGCGCGCGUCCGCCAGCCGGGCUCUGGGGAAGCGCCGAGGGCUGCGCAGGCGGCAUGGCGAGGCUCCGGCUGUCCAGCCCCACCGUGGCCGCGCUGCUGGUGCUGCAGGCCGGCUUCCUGCUGUUCCUGUACGCGCAGCACGGCGGCUUUCGGGCUCCAGCGGCGGAGGGGCCGGCCCAGACCCACGUGCUCGUCCUCUCCUCCUGGCGCUCCGGGUCCUCCUUCGUGGGCCAGCUCUUCAGCCAGCAUCCCGACGUCUUCUACCUGAUGGAGCCGGCCUGGCACGUGUGGGUCACCAUGUACCAGAACAGCGCCAAGGUGCUGCACAUGGCCGUCCGAGACCUGGUGCGGUCCAUCUUCAAGUGCGACAUGUCCGUCUUUGACGCCUACAUGCCUUGGAGAAGAAACCUUUCGGACCUCUUCCAGUGGGCCGUGAGCCGGGCCCUGUGCACCGACCCUGCUUGUGAGUACUUUCCGCGCACUGAGAUCACCAGUGAAAGCGCAUGCAAGACUCUGUGUGGCAAGUACCCGUUCAGCAAGGCGGAGGAGGCCUGCCGCACCUACAGCCACGUCGUCCUGAAGGAGGUCCGUUUCUUUGACUUGAGAGUGUUGUAUCCUCUUCUCACUGACUCCUCCUUGAACCUGAAAAUCAUCCACUUGGUUCGUGACCCCAGGGCAGUUGUGAAGUCCCGGGAACAGUCAGUCAAAGCCCUCGCCCGUGACAAUGGGAUCGUGCUGAGCACCAAUGGUUCGAAAGUGGACGACACCCAGUACAAAGUUCUGCAGGAGAUCUGUCGGAGCCACGUCCAGAUGUAUGAAACAGCUACUCUGAAACCUCCAAGCUUUCUCAAAGAUCGUUAUUUACUGAUUCGAUUUGAAGACCUUGUAAAGGAUCCCUUGCCAGAAAUUACAGCAAUGUAUAAGUUUGCAAAUCUUCAGUUGACCCCCAAGCUGGAGAGCUGGAUCUACAAUAUCACGCAUGGACAAGGACCCAGUAAAAUAAAGGAAGCCUUCCAGAUCACCUCUCGAGAUGCAGUCAACGUCUCCCAGGCGUGGAGGAAUGUCCUUUCUUUUCCAAAAGUUCAGAGAGUCCAAGAAGUCUGCAAGGGGGCUCUGAAUAUACUUGGCUACCAGCUUGUGGAUUCUGAGAGGGAGCAGAAAGAUUUAUCAGUGGAUUUAGUGUUGCCACAUCGAAGAAGCCAAUUCAGUUGGGCAUCAUUUAGUCAAAAUUAAAAGUAUAAUGGUAUUUGUAUUCUACUGUUCCUUUGCUAACUGAGGGGGAUGACUGCUACUUUGAGUAAGCCAGUUUCUGAUGUGAGCACACUCCUAUUUUCCAUCUCUCUGACCUGCAACAAGUGGAACCUGCUUUGCAGAUGUAACAGUUAUGUAGCUUCCCGGAACAAAGGAUGAUGCCAUAGCUGUUAGCCUCAUUAACACUAAAGCAUCAGACAGUGCAAUGUUAUUCAACAUAGUCACAUUAUAAGAUGAAUUCCCUUUCUCUAGGGGAAGAAAGUCAAGGAAAUCACUUGAGUAUUUUGUGUUGUGUGUUUUUUGCAGGGAGUUUCUUGAAUUAUAUGAAGUAGUAAAGUAUGUGAGGGAAUCUGUGAAAAGUCUGAUGCUGAAGGAAGCUUCGCAGGUGUCUCUGCUCACUCUUGACUUUCUGCCUGAAUGGAUGGAUGGAUGAGUCUUGCCACAAACUUGUACAUAGCUGAGGCGUGACAUGGCACCUGGUCACUGUUUGUCUGCUCUGUAGAGUGGGGACAGACUGGGUCUGUGCCUAGCAUCACAUAGAGUGUGGCCCUCUGGAGGAAGGAGAAACGGCAUCUCAAUCUACAGUGGUUUUCCCACAGCAUGGCUGGCCUCCCAGUUGCCUCCCCACCCCAGGCAGUAGCCAUUCUGCUCCUCCGGGCCACUGGGACUUCUUCAGAUUGAAAAAAAUGGUAAUUGUGUGUCAAUCUGGCCAUUGCUGAUUUUUAUUAAAUGCCAUCUUUUAUGAUUUUAGAUUUAAUCUAUUGAAUUCAUUGUUGUGGUUUUAAUGGUCUUAAAUGUCAUUUUUUAUGUUUGUGUUUGUUGCUCGCCACCCUGAGCCCUGCUAUACAGGGAAAGGGUGGGACGCAAGUUUCAACAAUAAAUAAGAUUAAUUAAAAAUAUGCUAGUAAUAAAAAUUAUAUUUCUCUAAUA